AUGUGGCGAGUUUUCAUAAUUUAUCUUUUUACCCUCUCCCUGCACGUAACGUCAAACCGCGCGCUCAGAGUGAUACCGAUCAUAACGGAAGUUCAUCUGAAGGAUAACUUAAACUACCUCAACUCUACCGUCCAAACGUUCAACGCAUCGGAGAAAAGGGUCAGUUUUGCAGUGACAGUUAAAAAAUUGUUAGAAGAACCUUGGGUAGGUGAUUGUGAACCGACCGCUUGCUAAACUACGCCAAUCCUCAAUAACCAUGCUGCAUAUCAUUCCCAGAUGAACGUUGUCGUAUGGCUCAAUGUGGUGCCCGGUGCGGUAGAAGCGCCGCUACACAAUAAUUCCUUCAACUUUUGCCAGUUCUUACGCAACCCUAGCGUACAUCGGCUAGGUCAAAUAUUACUGCGCGAGAUAAAGCGCAGCGGAAACGCACCGACUAAGUGUCCGAUCGCUCCCAUUCUCUACAAGUUUUCCAACGUGUCGACGGGUGCAUUACGUUUGCCAACAUUUUUGCCCGAAACCAAUUUCAUUAUGGAUGUUAUAUUGAGUGUAAAGAACGUGGUAGCGUACAAUUCACGUUGGUAUGGAAUGUUGAAACGAAUUCAAUGUACGUCCAAUACACGAUGCUAA